GCUGGUGCACCAUCAAGCCCGAGAUCAUCUGCAAGAUGGAGGGAGGAGAGAUGCCGUGCGUGCCAGCCCCCCCCGGGGCGCAGCAGAGGCACCGCAGCCCUGAGCCUGGCGGUGAUGUCCAGAGGCAGAGGGAGGAUGGGGGUGUCACCGAGGGGCUGCCAGACCCCACCACCCCGGUCCUGGGGAUGCCCAAGCGGGGCAGGAGGCAGCGGGGAGGCACCCCGGGCAAGGUGCUGCCAUCCUGGCCUCCCUGCAGCCCCCUUCCCCCCAAGAGCCCCCACGCCUGCGCCGAGUGUGGAAUGAGCUUCAGUAAGAUGCAGGACCUGAAGAAGCACCAAGAGACACACACGGCCGCGUGGCCCUUCUCCUGCUGGCAGUGUGGCCGCCGCUUUCGGCUGAAGAAGUUCCUGAUGACGCACCAGAAGGCGCACAGUCGGGAGAAGGCCUUCAACUGCCCCGACUGUGGAAAGCACUUUGCUCACAAGCAUAACCUGCUGAUCCAUUGGCGAGUGCACACGGGUGAGAAGCCCUUUGCCUGUGGCCACUGCGGCCACCGGUUCAGGCAGAAGUACCACCUAGUCAGCCACCAGCGCAUCCACACCGGGGAGCGCCCCUUCGCAUGCGCCCAUUGCCCCAAGGCUUUCAGGGACAAGCAGUCCCUCACCAUCCACCAGCGGGUCCACACGGGGGAACGUCCCUUCAGCUGCGCCCACUGUCCCAUGGCCUUCAGGCGCAAACAGACCCUCACCAACCACCCGCGCGUCCACACUGGAGAGCGCCCCUUUGCCUGUGACCUCUGCCCCAAGGUCUUCAGGAACAAGACGGCCCUCAAAAUCCACCAGCGGGUCCACACUGGGGAGCGCCCCUUCGCCUGCACGCGCUGCCCCAAGACCUUCAGGAAACGGGCAGCUCUUAAGCAACACCAGUGGGUUCACACUGGGGAGCGCCCCUUUGCCUGUGCCCGCUGCCCCAUGGCCUUCAGGCGCAAGCAGACCCUCAUCAUCCACCAGCGGGUCCACACUGAGGAGCACCCCUUUGCCUGUGCCCACUGCCCCAAGACCUUCAAGGACAAGAAGACCCUCACCAUCCACCAGCGUGUUCACACCAUGGAAUGCUCCUUUGCCUGUGCCCACUGCCCCAAGGCCUUCAAGGACAAGAAGGGCCUCAGUGCCCACCAACGGGUCCACACCAGAGAGCGUCCAUUUGCCUGUGCCCACUGUCCCAAAGCCUUCAGGGACAGGACAGCCCUCACCAUCCACCAGAGCAUCCACACCGGGGAGCGACCCUUUGCCUGUGUCCACUGCCCCAGGGCCUUCAAGAACAAGAAGACCCUCACUGUCCACCAGCAGGUCCAUACUGGAGAGCGCCCCUUUGCCUGUGACCUCUGCCCCAAGGUCUUCAGGAACAAGACGGCCCUCAAAAUCCACCAGCGGGUCCACACUGGGGAGCGCCCCUUCGCCUGCUCACACUGCCCAAAGACCUUCAAGCAGAAGCAGGCCCUCACCAUCCACCAGCGCGUGCACAAUGGGGAGCGUCCCUUCCUCUGCGCCUACUGCCCAAAGACCUUCAAGCAGAAGCAGGUCCUCACCGUCCACCAGCGCAUCCACAUCGGGGAGCGCCCCUUCGCCUGCACCCACUGCAGUAAAGCCUUCAGGGACAAGCAGGCCCUCACCAUCCACCAGCGGGUCCACACUGCAGAGCGUCCCUUCACCUGCGCCCAUUGCCCCAAGACCUUCAAGCACAAGAACGCCCUCACCGUCCACCAGCGGGUCCACACCGGUGAGAAGCCCUACAAGUGUGGUGAGUGUGGCAAGACCUACAGCUGGAGGAAUGGCCUGAAUCGCCACCAGCGAAUGCACCGGGUUCCGCCCGUGGUGCCGGAGGGUGGCCCACUGGAGGAGGUCGGUCCAUCCCCGGUGUGA